GAGUAUCAGUAUCAGUAUCAGUAUCAGUAUCAGGCUGAUCUCUUCGGUUAACUCGCAGCAUUAACACCUUAGCCUGCCGCAUGCACCUUUAUACUGAUGCCUUCUCCGUAUCUACACGCAGGCCUGGGAAAGAAAAAAAAAAAAGAACCCUCAAAUCCCCAUGUCAAGAUUAAUACCACCUCUGCAACUUCUUGAUUCUUUUUCCUUUUCUUUUGACGAAAUUAUUUAUUCAAUAUUAAACACAAUUGUAUGUACUGUGAAUCUCACUUGAUUACGAUUCCAUUAUCUUCUUCUUCUUCAUGAACUAAAAAGACACAAGACAUCUUCUUGUGUACGUUACAUGUUUCUUUAUUCUUUUUAGAUAUCAAAUCUUUUUUUUUUUUUUUAAUCAGGAGACAAAAAUUUUGAUCGUUGCAAUGUUUUGCUUUUUCUCGUUCUCGUUCUUGUUCUUUUUCCUUUUUGUUGAAGUUUUUCUGUUAUAAUUUCUGAAAGAACUGUAUAAAUAGAUUGAUUGUUUGAAUUUAUUCAGUCUACUGGACUGAACAAAAGGUAUAAUAUAAUUCAACAUUGUAUUAGCAACAGUCACAACAGCCACAGGAGCAAGGAAAGAAGUCAUAUAUUUUAUUAUCUGUAUAAAAGACCUGAAGCAGGUGUUCAUUAAUUAUCUUAAAUGGUGAAUGAGAGGGCUCUUAAUGCCUUCAAGGCAACAAGAGCUCUGGGUAUUCCUGAUAAAGAGGUGAAACCAGUGCUGAAGAAUCUCUGGAAGGUGUUUGAUAAGAACUGGGAGCCUAUUGAAGCAGAAGAUUAUCGGGCACUCAUAGAUGCAUAUUUUGAUUCUAAGGAAAACAAGAAACCUUCAAUUUCAAAGGUAAGUCACGCAGACCCUAGAGACGACAGAAUUUCAAUUUCCAGGAGGACAUCGGUAUCCCCAGGGAAUUCCAAAAGACCGACUGUUGAAUGUGGGUCUUCUGAUUAUAGCAGAGAUCAUACUAAUCCAAUUGCCAAGAAAAACAGGAUUGAAUCGACAGAUUUUGCAGAUUCUAUUGCAGUUGUCCAUCCAGGUUCAGGAUCCAAUGGCAGUAAACACAGUGGGAGCAACUUUUCUGUAGCAGUAUCAAGCCUGGAAAAAGUCAAAAUACUGUUAAAUUUUGACUAUGCUAUCGGACAACCGAGCUUUCAAAUUCCAGAUUUCACUGCAGUUCUGAAAUUUUUGGAGGAUAAAUAUCUGGGAGACAAGUUUGUCUCAUCUCAGUUCUCUGUGACGACACUAUUGAAAGAUCUGUGCGAGUCAUAUUUAGAACUGGGUACUGUUUCCUCCAAUAGUUCUGUUGCAGAUAGCACUCCUACAGCUGGAAAAAUUAACAAUUCCCUUCAUAGAAUAGGGUCAAACGAAAGUUCUCGCAGAAUUGGUAAUUCUGAUACUAUUUUGAAAGAGAAGGCUUCAAAAUGCUCAAGGCUUUCAUAUUCUCAUAACCUGGAAAACAUGCAACAGGGAACCACUACAUAUAAUCAGAAAAGGUUCUUCCCUAAAAUAAGUGACAUAUCAAAAGGUGCAGAAAAUGUCCCAAUUUCGUUGGUAAACGAAAUAGGUGAUGAGGAGCUCCCGAAGUUCAUGUACAUGCCACAGAGUAUAAUUUAUCAAAAUGCUUACCUGCAAAUCUCACUUGCCAGGAUAUCGGACGACGAUUGCUGUUCAAGCUGUUUAGGAGAUUGCCUUUCAUCUCCGAUUCCAUGUGCAUGUGCUCGCGAAACUGGUGGAGAGUUUGCUUACACACAGCAAGGCCUUCUAAAACAGGAGUUUCUAAGAGCUUGCGAGUCUAUGAAACAAGACCCUCAAAAGGAUUACUUGGUUUUUUGCAAAGACUGUCCACUGGUGAGAUCCAAGAACGAGUAUAUGCCAGAAAAGUGCAAGGGUCACUUGGUUAGGAAGUUUAUUAAAGAAUGUUGGAGAAAAUGUGGAUGUGACAUGAAUUGUGGGAAUCGAGUGAUACAACGGGGCAUUACAUGCAACUUGCAGGUAUUUAUGACUGGUGAAGGUAAAGGCUGGGGUCUUAGAACACUUGAGGACCUGCCUAAAGGAACCUUUGUUUGUGAAUACGUAGGGGAAAUAUUGACUAACAUGGAACUGUAUGACCGGAAUUUGCUAAGCAGUGGUAGUGACAGACACACGUAUCCUGUUACACUUGAUGCGGACUGGGGCUCAGAAAAAUUUCUUAGGGAUGAAGAAGCACUCUGUUUGGAUGCAACUUUUACUGGAAAUGUUGCAAGGUUUAUCAAUCACAGAUGCAAUGAUGCAAACUUAAUUGAUAUUCCAGUUGAAGUAGAGACCCCAGAUCGGCACUAUUACCAUCUUGCGUUUUUCACUUCAAGAAAGGUGAACGCAUUGGAAGAACUGACUUGGGAUUAUGGGAUCGACUUUGAUGAUCAUGAUCAUCCUAUAGAGGCAUUUCGGUGUUGUUGUGGAAGUGAUUCGUGUAGAGAUGUGAAAGGAAAAAGGAGGCGGAACUCGACCUCAUGCAAAUGAUAUUGCAGUAAAGAAAUGAAACACUACGUGGUGAUACUAUUUGCAAGGGCUGAUAUUGUCUGCUGUUACUAGCAAGUACAAGCUUGUGAAACUUUCUACAGUCAGGAGAUAAUUACAGGUUUCAUUUGUCAGAAUUUCAUGAGGGAGCAUUUUGGUUUUAGAAGCUUCAGGUUUUUAUGCGGAAGAAUGGAAUACUGUUUUUGUUUUAAUCAGCAGCUUAACUCUUAGCAAGUGACUAUAAGUGUGUUUGGAAUUACUACUGGCGAUUAAAAAAAAUAGAUUUGAUAUUUUUCUGAUUUUAUAUAUUAGAUUUUUUAUUUUUUAUAAACUAUUUUUCUUAAUUUUGUUUUUGAAACAAGUAUCAAGUUAUCUGUAUUUUUUAGGAAUAAUUUAAAUUUUUAAAAAUGAUAUAAAAUAAAUCAUAAAAUACUUUUACAAUCUCAAUACCAAACAUGACCUAAUAUUUUGGCUAGAUUCGCUUCUGUAGUGGGUCUGUUUUCUUUUCAUCUUCUUUUUUUUUUUUUUUUAUUCCUUAGAGUUGCUUUCUUUGUUUUGUUUUCAGUUCACUUUUGCACUACUUGUAGCCCAUAUUGCCUACCAACUAUUUAGCGAUUUUAAAUUUAUAAAUAUUUAUAAAAAAUAAAUAUAUAUAUUAAAAUAAAUAAAUAUACAUGUUAAAAUAAAAUUUUAUUUAAAAAAA